AUGGCUGCAGCAAUUAAAGCCCUCAACGCGAAGAUCCGCUCAAAUCCAGUCUCUGACUACUUCUGCUCGACUCAUUUCUGGGGCCCAGCCUCCAACUUCGGUAUUCCCAUCGCAGCUGUUUUGGAUACGCAGAAAGAUCCCGAAAUUAUAUCCGGGAAAUUUACCGCUGCCCUGACAGUAUACUCUGCUACUUUCAUGCGAUAUGCCAUGGCUGUGCAACCCAAGAACUACCUCCUAUUCGCUUGCCACUUCGUCAACUUCAACGCACAGUUAACGCAGGGAUAUCGGUGGUACGACUACUGGUAUCAAGGUGGAGCCGACAAAUGGGCCGCAAUCCGCGCUGAAAAGGAGAAGCUAGAGCAAUCAGCAGGCUCGAUAGCAGAGCAGGCCAAGGACAAAGCCGCUCAAGCUGUCGAUGCAGCAAAGAAGACCGUUUCCUGA